CACCGGAUCCCUUGUGACGGGCGGGGCUUCGCGUGUGUCGUAUUUCAAAGAAGCGGCUAUAUAGCCAACGGUAGGCGCUUUUGAAAGAAGCCAUUUUGUAUUUUUUUUUUGCGGCUCGCGUUGGAGGAUCCUGCGUUAAAGCGGACGGCCAGAAGGGGGGUGGCCGCGCUGGAGGAGAUUAUCCCUGGCAGCUGUUAAGUUUUGAUCUCGUUAACCGCUUGUGUCCCAGCAUGUCUUCCCCGGACGAGGUGGCCCAGAGGCGCCGUGUGGCCAUGGAGGGAGAGAAAGUGGUGUACUCCCGCUCGCAGCUGCUCUUCUCGGCCACCAAGCCGCUGGAGGACGCGUUCGAGGUGUUCGUGCCGGAGUCCAAGCAGUUCAUGAACUCAGACACGGAGCUCUGGAACUUCCUGUGCAGCCUGAAGAACGACUUCUCGCCGGUCGUGCUCCGCAGCAAGGAUGUGUACGGGUACUCGUCCAGCCGCUCGGUGGUGCCGGACCCCAGCCUCCUCUCCCGCGGGAAAUCAAAGGACAAGCCGGCCGCCCAGCCCAAGAAACCGCCUGUCAAGAGGAAGAGGAAAGGGGCAAGGCUGACCCUGCGGAAACGCCGGCGGGGUAGGACCGGCGGCAGCGAGGAGUCCGGCACCAGUAGCACAAGCGGAGGCAGCAGCGUGUGCAGCAGCCCAACUCCCUCGGAGCUCCCCGGGCUCCUGGGCAUGAACAAAUCCCUGGAGGACAUGUGGAAAGCGGCUACCCAGAAACAGACGGUUUUCCCAUCCAUUCGGGUCGCCGAUGUCUCCUGUGAGGCCAAAGUAGCCGCUGCUCGAGUCCGGGCGCAGAAGAUCCUGAGGGUCAACUUGCAGCCGGUGGUGGUGAUCAAACGCUCGCCCAUCCUGUCCCCGUCCUGAAGAGACCUCUCGGUCUCUCUGCCGGGUGCUCAGCUCUGCUCCCUAUGCACUUUCAUUGCUUGUCUCCGCAUGGAGGCUUUGUGGACAUCACCUACUUGGAGGUUGCGGCUCCGGUAUUCAGUCAACCUGUUUACAUGUCUUUCCAUUGACUUUUCAUGUGAUCACGGCACUUUACUGUAAAGAUUUACUACUUACACAAAGAAGGAAAAAAAAAAAGGGAUCUUCCUCUUGAGGACUUGUAGUUUUAUUUUAAUUGAGAUCUUCGCCGGGAUCCCAAGUUCCCCUCUACCUGUCUAUACAUAGCGGUUGGAUGUAGUUGCAAUAUUGGUUGAGAACCCGUUAUUGUGUCUAGCGGCCGGUUACCGCGCGACAAAAAGUGCGAGGAAUUCUGCGAACCUCAGAGUUCUACUUCCCUUCCUGUCUGGAACGAUGUGAAACAAGUACUUCGUACAGGGAAUUGUGUGGAUAGCUAAUCCGUUUAAAGCAACUUGCAUCAAUCUAGAUCAAUUGCUAAUGUGUUUCUCUUAUAGCAUGGGAAGGAUUUACCUACUUUACCCUGAGAGAGGCGCUCUGGUAGCAAUGGGGUUUACAAUGUGAUCCUUUCUAGAAAGCUUGAUAAUCUACCACCUAUUUGCGUUUCCAGGUUUAACGGAGCUGGCAACUAGUCUGCUUAUGCAAAGGAACUUAAAUUCAGAAGUUCCUCUAAACUAAAGCAUUGUGGCCACUGUGUUUUUUUUUUCUCUCCAAUCAGUAACUACCUCAAAAAUCUGGAGUCGCAGAAAAUACUAUUCCAAAGACUAGUUUGUUUUGUGAUCUGUAUCAUUUCACUUUAACAUGUACCAUUACAAUAUGCCAAGAGGUUUAAAAGACUUGAUGUACGAAUGAGGCUGUGACAGUCUAAAUGCAAGUUUAUGCAAUUGUUUUUUUAAUUUUUUUUUCUCUUAGUUAUUGUUACUUGAAUUGGCAAGGUUAUAACAAGUAUAGGGGAACUUGUUACUUUGAUAAGCUUGUGGUUUUUUUUUUUUUUUUCUUUGUAAUACCUGUUUUAUACCAAGCCAAGUGAACAAUAUAUUUCUUUUCAGUGUUUAAUAAAUAGACUUUACUGAAAGUAUAUUUUCAGUCGAAAUGUCCUUGUCGGUUUAUUUUUAUUUUUUUUAAAUGCAAAUUUUUGUAAUGUCUGUAUAUAGCAUUUUCACAGGAAGGAUAUUUAUUGUGGACAUGGAACAGAACAAGCAUUUUUUUAGUUUAGUUUUUUUUUAUAGAAGGAUGCUGUUACAGGUCAGACAUUUUAUGGUCUGAAUGUGCCUUUACGUCUACAUGUCAGUUUUCACUGUGGAUGACAUGAGCUUUUAACAUGUGGUAGAUAUUGGUGCUCCAUGCUUUUUGGGAGUCUGUUUUGAGGUUUAAUAUGCAACAUAUAUCUACAUGUGUAUAAUCUACAUCUUCGCAUAUGUUGCUACUUUUUAUUUAAACUGCUGGGAUAAUCUUGUAUCUCUAAAUUUACCUGUGUUAGUAAAAUGCACCCUUUCCAAUAGUGCCUGGAGUACUGUUUCCACUUCAGAAUCUGCAAUAUUUUACAAAAACCUCUGUCCAUUUCCCUAAUCAAUGAUAAAUGUAAUUAAAUAAACCAUCCAACUCACAUGUUAACUGGGUGUCAUAUAAUAAAUGUAAAAAUUGGGUGCUACGGUGGUGAUAAGCGAAUGUUAUCACUUUUUAAGUAUCUGUAUAGUUUUGUUAAAAAAAAAAAAAUGUUUUUCCUGAAAUGUACACUGCUAGAACUGUUAAGAGCAAAGAUGAUGGCCAGUUUCAGGAUGUCGAAAGGUCACUUCAUACUAGAGAUCAUUUGUAUAUCAUUUAGUAAGUUAUGGAGUAUAAAAUAAAACUUCCUUCCAGUAAGUUUUCUGUGUAUUUAUUUAUUUAUCUCAAUACAAUUCCCCCCUCCACUGCAAAAAAUAUAAUUGUGCAGGAUUCUAGGGCAACAGAGUUUUAAAUUGCUUCAUUUUAUUUGCCACGUAGAGUGGCUUUUAAGCAACUCAUCUAAACUGUUUUAAAGUGUUACUCCAAACAUCAUAACUGCCUUCUGCUGUAGUGGUUAUGACGCAAGGAGUACCCUUUUGUCACUCUUGUUAAUGGGGCAAAUUGGUUGGCCCUCUUACCUAUAUCCACAGCAGGGGCAGAGUCUCUACUGAUGCAGGUGGCGGGCUUAAACCCGUCUGCCAUCCCAUUGGUCAUUCAUGGGCUGAGAACAUCAGUUAGCUGCUUUUAACCAAUGAAUAACACUCUCUUUGCACAGAAGUUACAUUAGACAGCUGGCUAAUGAUUGUUGGGAGUGGAGUUGCACUUCUGGCAACAUUAUUAAAUAUCUCUGUCAAGAGUUUCAUAAUAAAACACGACCCAGAUUCCAAGCACCAUGGCCACUUCAAAACACAUGUAGUCAUGUGGUUUUAAGUGGAAACAUUAUUUUAAAACGUAGAUAGAAUAGAAAUGUCAUGUGUGGUGGUAACUAACUACACAUUCUAUCUUGAACUGUAAUUCCUGGGUGGGGGUGUUAUAUAUGUAAGUUCAUCUCCAUAUUUUGUGCUCCUUUAAAUAUCUGAGAGAACCAAUGAUGAGGGUGUGUAUAGCUUCAUUUGAGAGAAAAAUAGGAAUGAGGUUACUAAGGAAAGGUAAAUGAUCCAUUAAUUUUACUAGAUUGCCACUAGUUUCAUUAAAAAUUGUCUUGGCUGAAUUUACGGUGUGCUGAAUUCCACAUCAUUAAACCAUACUGGGUAGGAGUUUAUGCAAUAUGUUUAGCAUUUGUACAAAACAAUAUUCUGAGGUCAAGGCCUUGCUGAGAUUUUGAGAACCUGGAUUGAAGAGAACUAGCUUCAGAGUUGGUUUGAGAGGGUGGAAGGGAGCUUUACCUCUUUAAUGACAGCUGCUGUUAAGGGCGUAUUGACCAUUACUACUGCAAAUAUGUUUGUGUAUGAUCUCAUGUGCUGUAACUUUAUAGAUCUUGUGACUGGAGUGCCUAGGCUAUUUCUUGAUGCUGGUGAUGACUCACACAAAUUGCCAUGUGAAGGUAUCCCAAAUGAAAGCUUAUUGGGAAGCUGCCUCCAGUGAGCAAAUGCCUUUCCAUAGAAGGGCCUCCCAUUUCAACUCGUCACAGCCUGUACUGUGAUGUUACUGUAAGCUUCAGCACUAAGUGAUGUAAUAUAUCCAGAAAUUUUGAAGAAGCAAUGGGACCAAAAGUGUUUUUGGAAGAAAAAAUAAAAAUGCAGAGCAAGUAUGUUUACAAGUUGAAUGUCAUUUUGAUACAUUGGGAACAUAAAAUGCAGUGUUUAUUAAAGUAUUGUGGUUGAACUAGAAGUACU